AUGGGUGGAGAAAACAAAGGUGUUUAUGUUCUUAUGAGUGGUUUGGAUUUGGAGAGACUUGUUUUAGCAGCAGGACCUGUAGGGUAUGUAUGUUUUACUAUUCCUAAAUAUUUUGAUGAUGAGCAGUUAGAGAAGCCUGAUUAAAUAAUUCUCUACAACUGAGAAACAAAACAUUACAACUGCGUCACAGCAAAGUUUUUAAUUGUCGGAAACUACUUCUCUAUUGACAAACAUUUUUUGCUUAUUAGAACUAUAUUAAUUUCAGGCUUGGCCUUCUCCUAUGAAGUUAUUAAAGCAGUUAUGGUGAAAAUGGUUAUGUCCUUUUGUUGCUUUAGUUUGUUAGUCCUCAUUGUUCAUGAUUAUCAUGAGAGCCAUAGUUAUAUUUCAUGAUAUAUAAAGGAAACUCACAUUGUAGCCUCUUGGGUAAAGUCGAAUAAGUGUCAAAUAAUAUUGUACAUGAAUACACGGGUUUCCUGCAUUAGAAACCUUGCUUGACAAUUCCAAUGGAAAAAAAAUGCUAAUCUAAAAAGUACUUUGCAGUGGUUAUAGUACAAAUUGUGUCAAAGAGUUUGAAAUUCUGUAAUAAAGUUUUACAUGCAUGUACAUGUACAUGAAGUUAUAAGAACAAUAAUUUUGUUGUCCUUUUUAUCAAACCAUCAGUCUUAUGCAGGCAUGUGUCGACGUCUCCUUUCCAUAUGCCCAUGUGCGAGAUGCUUUUGGCAAAAAAAUUGGUGAGCACCAGGUAAUCCUCUCCAAUGCAUCAUCAACUGCUGCCGCAGUUUGUUUUUUUACUAUUAUUGCGUAUUUCUAUAAAAACUCAGAGUCAUUAUAGGCAUCAUUAGUUUGCAAAGGUAUUGGAACUAACAUUACUCUAGUCCACAGCUCAAAAUAAUUUUUGGACAGUUGCCGGUCAUGUUGACUGGCGUAACUUAAAGUUUAGGCUCUGGUCUCGUUCCUGACCAGUCAUAUUCUGACAAAGCCACAGACUGAGGUCAUCAGAUGAAUUUAUAACUGCAAGCGGCUAAAAUGUUUUAUGAUUGAACUGUUUUUGUGAUUUAAAGAAUCAUUAUGUGAAUAAAUCUGUUUUCCCAGGUAUUUAUUUGAAAGCCAUGUACUUUGGACCAGUCAAGAUGACCAGCCAGUUAACUGAACGUUUGUCCAGACUUGUAAAUGCUCAUCUGACCUCAUCUUGGCCAGACAUUGUCCAUUGACCAGCCAUUAUUUUGAGCACUGUAAUCUAAGUUGGGUUGUAAAUACCUUUGUGUUUUCUGCUCACCCAACCACACUCUGAUUCACAGUCUGCAUUUUUCCUUUUUUCAUUAGUCAAUACCCCUCCAGAGAUGUAUAAAUAUUGCUUUUUGUUUUCAGUUAAUCCAAGCUAAGAUGGCUGACAUGUACACUCGACUUAAUGCAUGUAGGAGUUAUGUAUACUCUGUUGCUCGUGCUUGUGAUGCUGGACAUGUCAACACUAAGGUUUGUUUAAAAUUCUUCAGUAGAUAAAUGAUUUAGAAAUGUAUUGUAAUGCCCCCCUUUACCAUCUUGGAAGUUGCUAAUCUGCAGUCAGACAACUCUCCUGUCUGCCAAACAUAGGAUAAUAUUACUAAAUGUAGUCUGUCUCCCUCUAGUCAUAGGUACCUUGCAAGUAGAGGUUGCUCUCUCGCAUAGAUUUUAGCGUUUACGAAGUAAUUCACAUGGCUUGUCUGCCAUGUAGUUGGUUUUGUUUUCGCCCUGUGAGAAACUACGCAAACAGACAAGCCAUGUCAGAAAUGACUCCAUAAAUGCUAAAAGCCAUGCAAGAGAGGGUAGUGGUGAGAAUUUUUCUGGUGUAACUCCCUUGAUGUGGAUGCCAAGCUGAAUCAGUUUGGGUCCCCUCCAGGAAUUCACUCCAGGAUCUGUUUUACUGCUUUUGAGUCUAAUUUGCGUAUUGUAAGUAUAAUAAUAAGCAGGACAAGCAUUCAAAUGCCCUGAAGAGCGGGGCAGAAGGGACCUCAGAUACCUUCUCAUUUAGCCUGUAUCACAGAAAGUUGUACAUCAGAUAUUGUGAUAAUUUGCCUGGCUGCACCCCAGGCUAAACUUGUUUGGGCUGUUUUCCCAUUAAAGAUCAUGUGUUGUUCCGAAAUAAAUUCCCCCUUUGUCUUGUGAAUGAAACAGUACAGUUUUCGAGGGUAACAUCACGUGCUCUAUCAAAAGAUAAUCUCUUUUGACACCCCUUUACUGCUUAUAGAGCAAUGCCAUGUUCAUAUCAAAUGCCAAUAUUUUAAUUCAAUUUUCUUUGGUAGGACUGUGCAGGUGUGAUUCUAUAUGCAGCUGAGAAUGCCACCCAGGUCGCAUUAGAUGCUAUUCAAAUUCUAGGUAAGAUUAACUAGAAAAACGUUCUGUUAAUACUGACUUCAGAUUGGAUAAAAUUACGCGCCGCGGGAGUCAUGCCAUAUACGGGAUUUACAUCACAUUAUGCAAAACAAGGUUGCGUUAGGCCUGUUAACACGCAACGUGCACAGAUUUUGUUGCAAAAAGUAGAACCACUCUCUACUUCUGCAACAUUUUUCGCAGCCUGCAAUAACCUGAAUUGUUUCAAGCCAGGUUUGGUUAUAAGGUGUUAAAACGCGCAACAUCGCUAUUCAACUCGUUUUUCAGCAAUGUCAGCUUCCAUUCCUCCCGGGUUAAAUGAUAUUUAGAGUUUGCUUUGACGAGCUUCCGUAGUCUUUUACACUUAGAUUAUUGCAAUCAAGGUAGCUGUAAAGUCAGAGUUUUUACAAAGACUGUCCCGGGCAAAUCUUGGGACUUUACAGUUCUUGAAUUCGCCGCGCUUAAAAGUCCGUGCUCUCCACCAAGCCUUGGGAAAGUCUAACGUUUAGGCGGGCAUCUUAGUUGUAUGUAGCAUUGAUAUUAAUUCGUAUUUUGGUCUUGUUCUUUCAACCAGGUGGAAAUGGUUACAUAAAUGAUUAUCCUACAGGAAGGUUUCUUCGAGAUGCUAAAUUGUAUGAAAUCGGUGCUGGUACAAGUGAAAUAAGAAGAUGGUUAAUAGGAGAGAAAAUCAACUCUGAGUUUCUUUAA